UUGCUAAAAUAGCUGCUUAUGAUAUUUGCACUGUAACUGAUAAUCAUUUAUUCUAGUAAAUGUGAAAGGAAGCAGAAUGAAGUCAGGCCUUUUAAAACAAAAACACAAGAUAAAUCUUUCAUGUACAAUAUUAUUUCUUUCCACAGUGCUGUUCAUUUUUUAGAGGAAUAAAAAAAAAAAGCUAAUUGCAUUUCCAAAAAACAGAAGUUGAUGAGAAUUUUAAAUCGGCCUACCCAUGUAUUUAAAUGAAGUAUUUGACUAUUUUGGUUUCCUUGGAAACCACAGCUGCUACAGCUAGACUUUGUUUGGGGAUGAUCCUAGGGGGUCUGCAAAUAAAGAAUUUAAAAACGUUUAUCCCUUAAUCAACAUUAGAGGAAAGCAUGAUUUUUGACAGCCCGAUAAAAUGGGUGCCCAUUUUCUAUAGGCUCUCCAGUGAUUCAGGUAUUCUGGCUGAACCGCAACUCUACAAUUUCUUACCCAGCAUUCCAUUUCAGCUCCUGGCAGGCCUUCCCCAGCCUUAUGCAAAUGAGAGCAGCACAGUAGCUUUGACUGCAGAAGGGAGGGAGGCAGAAAUGAGUUCAAAGGUCGCAGGGCUGGUAGAAGGCUGGAACAGUUGAAUGAAAAAAUGAAAAAAUCUAGUCGGUUCUGCAGCAAUCUUUAGCAGGCAGGAGAGGAGUUAAAUGAAGUGGUCCAGUUGGUUGUGCAGAGUGAAGAUUGCCCAGGAUCUGUGCAGGAGUGGAAACGUGCAUACAGGUACAUGUGACAGCGCUGCAGCAAUGAGUGGAAUUUUAAAGAGGAAGUUUGAAGAAGUCGAUGGCUCCUCACCAUGUUCUUCUGUGCGGGAAUCAGAUGAUGAAGUUUCCAGUAGUGAAAGUGCAGACAGUGGGGACAGUGUCAAUCCAUCCACUUCUAAUCAUUUUACCCCAUCCUCGAUCCUGAAACGAGAGAAGCGGUUGAGAACAAAGAAUGUUCAUUUUAGCUGUGUUACCGUAUACUACUUCACAAGGAGACAAGGUUUCACCAGUGUUCCCAGUCAAGGAGGAAGCACGUUGGGCAUGUCCAGUCGCCAUAACAGUGUUCGCCAAUACACUCUUGGUGAAUUUGCUAUGGAACAGGAGAGGCUCCAUAGGGAGAUGUUAAGAGAGCACCUCAGGGAGGAAAAACUUAACUCUUUAAAGCUAAAGAUGACUAAGAAUGGUACCGUAGAAUCCGAAGAAGCCAGCACUCUUACAUUAGAUGACAUUUCGGAUGAUGAUAUUGAUUUAGACAACACAGAGGUAGACGAAUACUUCUUCCUGCAACCCCUGCCAACAAAGAAACGAAGGGCACUGCUUCGAGCCUCUGGAGUGAAAAAGAUUGAUGUGGAAGAAAAACAUGAGCUGCGGGCCAUCCGCCUAUCAAGAGAGGAUUGUGGCUGUGACUGUAGAGUAUUCUGUGAUCCGGAAACUUGUACUUGCAGCCUCGCGGGCAUCAAGUGCCAGGUGGAUCGGAUGUCUUUCCCAUGUGGUUGCACUAAAGAGGGAUGUAGUAAUACAGCAGGUAGGAUUGAAUUUAAUCCUAUCCGAGUCCGGACUCACUUUUUGCACACAAUAAUGAAACUCGAACUGGAGAAAAACCGAGAGCAGCAAAUUCCAACACUGAACGGCUGCCACAGUGAGAUAAAUGCUCACACUAGUUCUAUGGGCCCUGCUGGCCACCCUGUGGAAUAUUCAAUUGCAGAGAAUUUUGAGAUUGAAACAGAGCCCCAAACAACAGUGAUGCAUUUGCAGUCUGCAGAAGAGUUGGAUUGCCAAGUAGAAGAUGAAGAAGAGGAAGAAGAUGGGAGUAGCUUUUGUAGUGGAGUUACAGAUUCCAGCACACAAAGCCUAGCACCAAGUGAAUCAGAUGAAGAGGAAGAGGAGGAAGAAGAAGAGGAAGAAGAUGAAGAAGAUGAGAAAGGAGAUCAUUUUGUGGAAGGUCUGGCCACCCAUGCCGAAGUUGUGCCUCUUCCUUCAGUUCUCUGCUAUUCUGAUGGCACUACAGUACAUGAAAGCCACUCUAAAAAUGCCUCUUUUUACACUAGCUCUUCAACUUUAUAUUACCAAAUAGACAACCAUACUCCAGGCACCACAAAUCAGAUUCCUGAGAACUAUUCUGAAAGAGACACUGUUAAAAAUGGUACCCUUUCUCUGGUGCCUUACAGCAUGACAUCAGAGCAGUUUGUUGACUAUGCUCGACAAGCAGAAGAGAGCUAUGGCAGCUCACAUUACCCAUCUGCAAACCCCUCUGUAAUAGUCUGCUGCUCUUCAUCAGAAAAUGAUAGCCAUGUGCCAUGUAAUAGCUUAUAUCCCGAACAUAGGCCAAACCACCCUCAAGUGGAAUUUCACUCUUAUUUGAAAGGUCCCUCCCCAGAGAGAUAUGUUUCUACUUUGAAUGGCGACAGUCACAUAGUUGAGCAUCCUGCUGAAAAUUCCUUAAGCCUUUCGGAAAAGAGCAGAUUGCACGAAGAAUGCAUCAAGUCAUCAGUGAUUGAGACCGUCCCCGUGUAGUAGGUUAAGUUGUCCCAGAACCACCUUCCUAUAUUUAAAUGCACUGUUAUUUAAUUGGAUUUCCUAGACUCAACAUUGUUUUAAACUGUGGACCAAGAAAACUUGGACUAUGGUUAAAGUUCCAGAUGCUUUUGUUUCUUCUUUCUAGCUUUUGGGACAGUGGCAUUGCACAAAUACAAGUUCAUACAAGGAUUUUGAAAUAAAUCAGAUGUUUUUGAUAAAAAAAAAAAAAAGAGCUAAAUUUAAAAAUGCAUAUUU